AAGAGGCGGGGGCGACCUGCCGAGCACGUGAGCAUUGGCCCCUUCUCCCGGCUCUCGUUUAUCCUUAGGGGUCGGUAGCUGCGGGGACAGCCCGGGGCCAGGUGUAUGGCCACGGAGUUACGGUGUCCGGACUCUAUGCCCUGUCACAACCAGCAAGUAAACUCUGCCUGUAGCCCAAGCCUCGGGCCGCCGCGACCUGGCGACCUGAUCCCAGACCAUGCCGGGGGAAACAGCGCCUCCAUGGCCAAGCUGACUGUCCUCACCGGGCACGCCCAUUCUAGCGUACCCGCCGAGAGGGACCCUCAGGCCUGCGGCGGCGCCAGCCUCAACUCAGAGAGCAACGGUGGCAGUGGCAACUAUGACGCACCAGCCGGCGACUCCUUCCUAGGGGACUCCGAACUCGCCGGGCAGAUCGGGGCACAGCUUAAGCUGCUGCCUAUGAAUGAUCAGAUCCGGGAGCUGCAGACCAUCAUCCGGGACAAGACAGCCAGUAGAGGGGACUUCAUGUUUUCUGCGGAUCGUUUGAUCAGACUUGUUGUGGAAGAGGGAUUGAAUCAGCUGCCAUAUAAAGAAUGCAUGGUGACCACUCCAACAGGGUACAAGUAUGAAGGAGUCAAAUUUGAGAAGGGAAAUUGUGGGGUCAGCAUAAUGAGAAGCGGUGAGGCAAUGGAACAAGGUUUACGAGACUGCUGUCGAUCCAUACGAAUUGGAAAGAUCCUGAUUCAGAGUGAUGAGGAGACACAAAGAGCCAAAGUAUAUUAUGCCAAGUUCCCACCAGACAUUUACAGGAGAAAAGUCCUUCUGAUGUAUCCAAUUCUCAGCACUGGAAAUACUGUAAUUGAAGCUGUAAAGGUUCUUAUAGAACAUGGAGUUCAACCCAGUGUUAUCAUCCUACUCAGUCUGUUUUCCACUCCUCAUGGUGCCAGAUCAAUCAUUCAAGAGUUUCCAGAGAUCACAAUUUUAACUACUGAAGUUCAUCCUGUUGCACCUACACACUUUGGACAGAAAUACUUUGGAACAGACUAAAUUAUUGAAGGAAAAUUAUCUUGUGUAAUGUUACAGUUAUGUUUUGAGUUUCUACCUGUUUUACUAAUUCACUUGAGGAAUGGCAGAGAAAAUUAUGUUAAAGAUGCUUUGUAAUUUUUGGAAAUGGGUAUAGUAAAAAGGAAAUAUUUCAGGUUUAUUUAUUUUAUUUGGUUAUUUCUUGACUGUUGGCACAAAAUUCAACAAUGAAGCACAAUUCUUAGAAAAUAUUUUAAUAAUAUUGUUCUGCAAGUUUCUGAUCCCUCAGUGCAUUAAAACUGUUCCUUAAUUUAUGAACCUCUCAGUUUGGAGGUUGCUUGUGGCCACAAAUAAAACCCAAACAGGAGUCAGUUCUUUGGCCCACUAUAGUUUGCAUUUAGUUCUAGGGAGAUUUCAUGUAUGUGGCUAUUGCCACCUUCCUCUACUCUUUACAUCCCAGUACUGUACAUGCUGGUAACUUGGAGAGGAUAGAAAAAGAAUGCCUCCUGGAAUUUUACAUUUCCAUUAAUAUCCUCACUCAAUUGGCAAACCCAGGAUAUAUGGUUAGUUCUUCAGUCAAGCCAUUAUGUUCUUCAUGACUCAUUUCCUACCCUGUGCAUUGUUGGUAGGUGCCUUGCCAAGUGUAAUGCAGUGAAGAAAAUGGUGGGACAUUUCCAGCAACUGGAACUGUAACGUUAAUUUACAUAGAUAGACAAGGUUGUCUGGAUGUUGACAAGGGAGGGCUAAGUGCUGUUAAUGCCAUCAGAGCCCUAGAAAGGAAUUGGUGGUGGU